GACAACUUCCUUUACCUGCAGUGUGGAGAGCUGUGCGUCCGACCGGAGUUUUUCUCUUGCUAUGAACAAAAACAUCUUUCAUCUUCAGAAGUGGAUCAGGGGUUCAGAGUCAGAUUCAAUCUGUAUCAUCUCAUACUGCUUCUGUUUUCUUUAACUAAAGGUGUGCAGACAGCUGCAGGUGUGCUCUUCAUACACUGAAGUGAUUUCUGGGGAUCUUCAUCACACCUUCAGUCUGUUAUCAAACUCAACUCUAUAAAUAAACCGAAAAACCAGAAGGACUUUCUUUUUGUCAAGAAGAGCUCCAGUGGAUUGCUUUGUCAAGAGUUUUUUGCAUCUGAAGGCCAUAACAUGAUCAAAUUUCGAUAAAUCAACCAGCUUUUGAAUCCAUCUGCAUGUACAUUUAAGUUUCCUUACUAAAUCAAACUAAGAGGAAUGGAUGCAUCAUCUCUAAACACAUCCCUGUGUUCUGGUGGCACUGCUUCUCCAAAUCUGUCCAUGAGAUCUGCUGUCUUCACCAAUGACACAGAUUCAUUCUGCAGCAGUAAACUAUUACACAGCAACAGCUUCUUAGCAGCAAACUACUUCACAGUGGUGGAGAAAUGUAUGGGCUGCAUGCAGACAGGGACUCAGAUGCUGAAAUUGCGCGGUGGAUCCAAAGGUCUGGUGCGUUUUUUUUACUUGGACGAGCACAAGUCCUGCAUUCGCUGGCGGCCCUCCAGAAAGAACGAGAAAGCCAAAAUCUCAAUCGACUCCAUCCAGGAAGUGUGUGAGGGAAAGCAGUCUGAGAUCUUUCAGAGAUAUGCAGACGGCAGCUUCGAUCCCAACUGCUGCUUCAGCAUCUACUACGGCGAGCACAUGGAGUCUCUUGACCUGGUGUCAGGUACUGGAGAAGAGGCUCGCACCUGGAUCACUGGUCUGAAAUAUCUAAUGGCCGGCAUCAGCGAUGAAGACAGUCUGGCUAAACGUCAGCGUACUCGUGAUCAAUGGUUAAAGCAGACCUUCACAGAGGCUGAUAAGAAUGGAGAUGGCAGUCUCAGCAUCAGUGAAGUCCUACAGCUCCUCCACAAACUCAAUGUUAACCUGCCCAGGCAGAAGGUCAAGCAGAUGUUUAAGGAGGCAGACACUGAUGAUAAUCAGGGCACGCUGGGAUUCGAGGAGUUUUGUUCGUUUUAUAAGAUGAUGUCAACACGACGAGACUUAUACCUGCUGAUGCUCACCUACAGCAAUCAUAAAGACCACCUGGAUAACGAUGACCUCAUUCGCUUCCUGGAGACUGAACAAAAGAUGACCAAUGUCACAAAAGAGCACUGCAUCGAGAUUGUGUCCAAGUUUGAGCCUUGUCCUGAGAACCAGACACUGGGUGUCCUGGGUAUAGACGGUUUUACGAAUUACAUGCGGAGUCCUGCUGGAGACAUCUUCAACCCUGAACACUAUGAAGUGAACCAGGACAUGACACAACCUCUCAAUAAUUACUUCAUUGCUUCGUCUCAUAACACAUAUCUGAUGGGUGAUCAGCUGAUGUCUCAGUCUCGGGUGGAUAUGUACUCCUGGGUUCUUCAGUCUGGAUGUAGAUGUGUGGAGGUGGACUGCUGGGAUGGACCAGAUGGAGAACCAAUUGUACAUCAUGGCUACACUUUGACGUCCAAAAUCCUUUUUAAAGAUGUGAUCGAGACCAUCAACAAAUAUGCCUUCAUCAAAAACCAAUAUCCGGUGAUUCUGUCCAUUGAGAACCACUGCAGUGUCCCUCAGCAGAAGAAGAUGGCUCAGUAUCUGACCGAAGUGUUGGGGGAUAAACUGGACAUCUCCUCCGUCUCUACAGAUGCAUCUGAACUUCUGCCUUCACCUGAAGAACUUAAAGGAAAAAUACUUGUCAAGGGUAAAAAACUGCCCCCAAACAUCGAUGAGAACGCAGAAGAGGGGGACGUGUCUGAUGAGGACAGUGCAGAUGAGAUGGAGGACGAUUGUAAGCUCAUGAAUGGAGAUACGUCUAUGAACCGAAAGCAGGCGGAGAAUGUUGCCAAGAAGAAAUUAGAUAACCUGAUGAAGGAGUCGAAGAUCCGAGACCGAGAGGAUCCAGACAGCUUUACCAUUACAGGUCUGCCGCCUGCAGCAAAUCCUCAUGAGAAAUCAGCCAUGAAGGGUAAAGGUGAUGAGAGCGCCGAUACUGGAGAUGAAGCUAACACUGGUGGAAACAAACGUCUGGCCAGAUCAUUUAUGGGCAAUUUCUCCAAACGAAAGAAAAAGCAGAGUAAAGUGAGGAAAUCCUCCAGUUUUGAGGACACAGACACGGAUCAGGAGAGCUCAAGUGGAGCAUCGAAAGCUGCGGCACAUCACAGCAGAAAGAAAAAGACAAUGAAGCUUUCGCGAGCGCUCUCUGAUCUGGUAUACACCAAAUCUGUGGGAGUGCCUGACUUUGAGACACAAGGAAGCUGUAGUUUUCAGGUGUCAUCCAUGAGUGAGACCAAAGCCCACCAGCUAAUGCAACAGAAACCUGCGCCAUUCAUACGAUUUAACCAGCGCCAGCUGACUCGCAUCUACCCCUCGCCGUACCGCGUGGACUCCAGCAACUUCAACCCACAGCCCUUCUGGAACGCUGGCUGCCAUCUGGUUGCUUUGAACUAUCAGUCGGAGGGCAGAGUCCUGCAGCUUAACAGAGCAAAGUUCUCCUGCAACGGCAACUGUGGCUACAUUCAAAAACCUGUCAGUAUGUGUGAAGGUUCCUUCAAUCCUUUUUCGGAGGAUCCUUUACCAGGCCUUCUGAAAAAACAACUAGUUCUGAAGAUUAUCAGUGGCCAACAAUUACCCAAACCUAAAGACUCCAUGCUGGGCGACCGAGGAGAGAUCAUUGACCCAUUUGUGGAAGUAGAGAUCAUUGGACUACCGGUUGACUGCUGUAAGCAGCAAACCCGUGUGGUUGAUGACAACGGUUUUAACCCUAUGUGGGAGGAAACACUUGUCUUUACACUACACAUGUCAGAGAUUGCCCUUGUACGCUUCCUGGUUUGGGAUCAUGACCCGAUUGGUCAGGAUUUUAUUGGCCAGAGGACCAUCGCCUUUAACAGCAUGAUUCCUGGUUACCGGCAUGUGUAUUUGGAAGGCAUGGAGGAGGCAUCCAUCUUUGUUCAUGUUGCAGUGAAUGACAUCACUAGUAAGGCUCGGGCGGUCAGUGGUAUAAAAGGACUGUUUCACAGAAAUCCAAAGCAGUCGUCUCUCGACAGCCAUGCUGCUGCUCUGCAUAGCCGUAAGUCCACCUUUGGUGCUCACCUUCUGCGACGCACAGCCAGCGCGCCAACCAAGGGCCAACCAAAAGUCAAGAGGGGUUUUCCUGAGAUCUCUAUUGACACAAAAGACUGCAGCUCAGAGGGCGCCAGCGAGGAGCGGGAAUCGGAGGAGGGGCCACCCGUCCACCGCAACGGAGACACGGCAUCGUGGGGUCACGGCACCAACGGGCAGCUUCACCCUGAUGACAGUAAAGAAGAUUUGGAAGUGCAGAGUCCAACUCCCUCUGUGAUCACCUCAUAUCUGGAAUCCAUUAUUGAGGAAUGUCAGGAGAACAACCCUUUGACCUCCACGCACAGUCCUGUGGAUACCUCACCACAUUGUCGCUCCACUACAUCAUCUCCAUCAUCCACUGCAAUAACAACUUCUUCCAAUGGGGAAAAUCGAAUCCCAGCAAAAAACAACGAGGCCGUUCUGAAACCAUCCGUCCGUUCAUAUAGUAGCAAUGGUGAAGAGUCGGGGAAAAGAUACAUCAACUCUUCAGUUUCCACAAACUAUCUGGACAUCGGGUGUGAUACGCCCCCUUUGCCGGAGCAUGCAGAUGCUGAGGUUGUGCGACAUACAGUCACCGAUCCCAAGGUCUCCGAAAUAAACACAAAAGAGACUCUAGGGACAGAAGCCCUAAAGGAAACGGUCAGCAUUUCGAGUUCUCAAAGAGUUCAGACAUUGAAGACUGUGUUCGAUAGAGACUUAGGACGAAGCGUACAAACAGGGCUGAGGACUCCCGUCAGGAGGACCAAAAGUGAAGUACAAGUAAAAGCCGCCAGUAAAGUGAACAGCCCGUCAGCCGUCCCCGAGGUUAUCACAGACGCCACUCUAAACGACAGGCUCUGGAGCAAACUCGACCCUGGCAGCCACCGGGACAGCGUGUCAUCGUCUUCCAGCAUUUCCUCGAAUGACACUGUGAUCGAUUUGUCCUUGCCCAACCUUUCGAGGAAGAGCCUCACCUGCCUAAGCGCUACCCGCGAGUACUCGGACAACAAGGCAACCGUGGCCACCUUGAUGGGCCGGCCUCGUCCGUCCGCUGCGGUCACCAAAAGCAAGUCCAACCCCAACCUGCGGGAAGGAGAAAUGUGCGAGCCCCAUGACGAACUACAACCCAGGCCUCUGGUGACAGAGAAAGAAUCCAGCCGACUCAUGCAGAGACGCCACACGUGGAGCAGGUUGUACAUGGAGGGCUUAAAGCAGUCGUCUGCCCUUGCCGCUGCCGGCUCCAAGAAGUCAACUGCUCCCUUUGCGAAAGAUGUCGAAGGUGGCUCCAAAUCCAAAAGCCUCGGAGAUCUCACCUCAGAUGAUAUCGGCUGUAAUUUUCAAAGCAAGUAUCGCAGCAUCAGCCGCAGUUUUGUCGUGCGACCGAGCCGCCAGCGAGGGAGACCUCCAAGUACCCCACAGAACGACCUGACGGCGCAGCUCAAAAGACUCACCGAUGUGGAGCCUCUCACCAGCAAAGACUUUGAACACAAGAGUGACGCAGAAGUGGAACAGGAUGAAGAGGAGGUGCCAUCUUUGCGCAGGACUUCAUCACGGAGCCAGAGCCGGGUGAGAUACAUCGCCAACCGCGCCAGGCAAGCACAGGAGAGGCAGCGGCUGCAAAACCUGAUAAGGUCGUCCGGAAGUCCUAUCGAAGAACGUGGAAAUCCUGAAGGAGCUUGUAGUGUACCCCACAGUCCCUGCACUAGUCUGGACCUGUUGAGCCAGCUUCCACCAGGACCGCCCCAGCGAAGCCCCCUAAGCCCGAACGAUGAUGUCUUCUUUACGCUCAGGCUAUAAAAGAGUUUGAGUUUUAGAUUUUGCUAGCAAACCGACACAAAUCCCAACAUCGCACCCUCCAUCCAAAGACAUCCUUACUCAUAAGCCGUCAAACAUUUCUACAUCCAUUGCUGAACCUUUCUAACCCUAAAUAAUCAUUCAAAGGGAAAGAGACAUUUUGAUUGAAUGCAACGGUUUGCUAGUUUGUGGAAAUGAUUAAUGUGCAUGUGUUUGUUAAAAACAGCCAAAGUUGCAAGAACAAAGGAAUAUGUUUUGUUUUGCACCUAAUCUAGAAUCUAUAAGACGAAACUCAAGUGUUUUAAAGGAUCGGAUUAUGCCAGCAGCAUAUUUGGUACUGUAAUAAAAAUAACCUAGAUUGUUUUGUUUGAUUUUUAUGUAACGUGCAAUGAUCUACUGCAGCAAUAGAUAGUGAAAUAUAAACACUACUGUAUUAACAAUUCUAAUGAUUUAUAUAUUUAUUAGUCUGCAGCCAAACUCGUAUGCAUUUUGUCUGUAUUGUUUAUGGUAUGAGAACAAACUUUCUGAACAAGCAUGGAAUGUAUUUGUCAAAAUAAUUUAUGAAUUGUUUUUGGUUGUAGUGAAUAUAAUGACUGCUUAUUUUCAGUUUUUAGGUUACAGAAUAAAUCCAGUAUGAUCUUCCUCCUGAUGAUGUUUUAAAGAAGUGUAGCUCUAGUAAUACUACUGUAAUAAAAUCACACAUUUUCACUUUAUGUACAGUAGCUUGCUCUUGGAAUUGUAUUGUAUGUCACUUGAUAAUAUUGUUUCUCUUACUGUCGUCUUUAUUUUUAUGUUUUAAAGGUUUUAUGAUUUUUAAAAUGUACAGUCUAUUAGAGUCUAGUUGUAAAGAGUUAUGUAGAUGUUAUUCGAUGUCAAUGCCCUCAGUACAUUAAUACAUUUUAUUACUUUUUUAAUGAAUGCUACUCAGUUAAUGGGAAAUAAAUUUUUUUAAGUAGA